GCACAAAAGAAAGAGUGAACUCUUGGUCUUGGAGCACCGUUCUCUUCUCUCUGUGUUAGAGCUUCUUUUUCCUUUCUCUCAUGCCUCUCCAGUCUCUACCCUCUCUCUCUCUCUCAUUCACCCUGAAAAACAGGAUUCUGAGGUUUUAAUGACUACCCUCCAUUUUUGAACCUCUCUCUUGCUCUCUCUCCGAGUCUGAGCCUCGCUGUUCAGACUCGCUUUCUCUGCUCACUCAGAGACUGAGACACUUUUCUUUUCUGUCAUUGGCUCUGUGUUUGCUUCCAAAAGCUCUACACGAUAAGCCAAAGAUCGAAAGACCCUCUCUAGCUUAUUCUCUGUUUUUUCCCUGUCCCAGUUUCUCAGAUCUACUAUCACCCCUUUCUGCAUUUUCCCUUCUUUGUUCUUACAAUCUUUUGCUCCAUUGCCUUCUAAGACCAUGAGUAAAGAAGAGUUUUUGAAGAUACAGAAAUGUGUUCUCAAAGUGAACAUACACUGUGACGGGUGCAGGAACAAAGUUAAGAAAAUCUUGCAGAAGAUUGAUGGGGUGUUUACCACCGAGAUAGAUGCAGAACAAGGGAAGGUGACAGUUUCAGGGAAUGUGGACCCCAACGUUCUCAUCAAGAAGCUUGCGAAAUCAGGGAAACAUGCAGAACUCUGGGGUGCUCCCAAAGGAAACAGCAACAACAACCAGAACAACAUGGCGAACCAGUUCAAGAACAUGCAAAUUGACAAUGGCAAAAGUGGGGCAAACAACAAGGGUCAAAAGGGUGGUGGUGUGAAUAACCAGCCAAAGGGUAAUAAUCAACAGCAGCAGAACCCCCAACAGCAGCAGAACCCUCAACAGCAGCUUCAGCAGCACCUCCAACAGCUUCAGCAGAUGAAAGGGUUUCAAGAUCUGAAGCUGCCUCAAUUCAAGGACAUGAAGCUGCCCAACCCGAACCCGAAUCCGAAUCCGAAAGCGGUUAAGUUCAGUUUGCCUGAGGAUGAUUUAUCUGAUGAUGAAUUAGACGAGUAUGACGACGAGUUCGACGACGAGUUUGAUGACGAUGAUAUGGAUGAUCCUCAGCAUCCUCUGAAUAAGAUGAUGAUGAUGAAGCCCCCUAUGGGUGCUAAGCCUCCUAUUGGUAGUGUCCCUAUGGGUAAUGGGGCUCAGAUGAUGUCGAACAGUAUGAUGAAUGCUCAGAAAGGUGGCAAUGGUGGAGGUAAUAAUGGGAAGAAAGGAGGUGGUGGUAGUGGAGGACCUGUGCCUGUUCAAGUUCAUAACAUGGGUGGUGGAAAUGAGGGUAAAAAUGGAAAUGGAGGAAAGAAAGAAGGCGGCGGCGGUGGAAAUAAUCAAACUCAAGGUGGAGGUAACAAAAACAAUGGUGGCAAAAAUGGAGGUGGGGUGCCAGAGGGUAAGAAUGGAAACAACAAAAAUAAUGGUGGUGGUGGUGGAAUACCAAAUAACAAUGGGAAUGGAGGUAAAAAGGGUAAUAAUGGAAUGGCUGAAGGUGUUCAAGCUAUGAACAUGUUCCCAAACAUGGGUGGUCAUAAUCCUAGUUUGGUUGGGGCUAAUGUGGGUCCUAUGAAUAACAUGAGCAUCCCUAUGGGCAACAUGCCCAUGACCCAAAUGGGCAACAUCCCAGCAGUUCAAGGCCUUCCAGCUGCUGCCGCGAUGAACGGCGGUGCUGGUGCCGGUGGUGGAUGCUUCCAAGGUGGUGUUGGUGGUGGUGGUGGGCCAGAUAUGAUGCCUGGCAACCCUUACCAACAACAGCAAUACAUGGCUGCAAUGAUGAACCAACAAAGGGCAAUGGGGAAUGAUAGAUUCCAGCCAAUGAUGUAUGCUAGGCCUCCAAUGGCUGUCAAUUACAUGUACCCUCCUCCUUAUAGCUACCCUCCUCCUCCUCCUCAUGAACCAUAUUCCAACUAUUUCAAUGAUGAGAAUACUUCCAGCUGCAGUGUUAUGUGAAAGAGUAAUGGGUGGGGGUGGUGGUGGUGGUGAAUGGUGAUGGUGGUUGCAAGCCUUUUCUAAUCUGCUGAUGAUGCAAUAUUAUACAAUGGAAAUGAGUUUUUAAUUUUAGUUUGGUUUUUCUUCAAUUUUUCUUUUUAUCCCUUUUUUUCUCUCUCUUUUAAACUAGAGCUUUUGGUCACCAUAGGGGAGUAAUUUUAUAGAUAUUAUAAUAUUUAUGAUCUUGGGAAACUAUAUGAGAUCAUGUAACGGGGGGAUAUGGUUAUGGCGGUGGGCUUCCUAGAUGUGAGAUGUUUAUAUGUGUUUAUAUGUUGCAAAACAGAAAUAAAUUUUCAGAAGAAAAACGAAAAAAGAAAGAGAAUGGGGUGAACAAAAAAAAUGCCUAUCUCAGUCUUUUUUCCUCCGGAAGUCUUAAAUUUUUAUUCACAA